UUCAAUGAUGCAGCUGCUGGAUUCCCAGUGAUGAGAAAAAACAUGCAUUCUGUUGUUUACAUGAUACUUUUCUCUUACUCAGUGAUUGUGUCCACACAAAUUGAAGUAGAAUAUCAGGUGUUUGAACAAAAACCACAACAGCAAUGCACUUAUUUUGAAAUUGAUAGGUAUGCAACUCCAACACAUGGACUGGUCAACUGUUCUUGGUAUGCUCCUAAGGCAUGCUGUAAAACCACAGAAGUCAUAUCAGUUUUUACCACAAUGUUUCCUUUGUACGAAGCUACACAGGCAUGUCAGAACCAACUUAAUUAUAUGAUGUGCUUUUUCUGUGACCCAAAUCAAAGAAUUUGGUAUAACCAAGAUACAGACCACAAAGUACAUAUAUGUGCUGAUUUUUGUAGAAUGGUAUAUAAAAGUUGUAGAUCGGCACAGUACAAAGGAAAUGAAAUAGGUGAAAUCUAUCUCAACGAAACAUCUUUUUGUGAAGCACAGAAUUUCAGACUUGUAGAAGGCAAGAAAAAUUGCUUUAACUUUGACCCAACAGUUUUUGGAAGAACAUCGAUGCUUGAAGUAAACAUAACCAUCCUGUUUGGAGUAACUUUCAUUUUAAUGAGUUUACAAGAUAUACUCAGCUGAUACAGUGAAACCUUUAUUGUAUGUUCACACAAGCUGUUACACUCUUAGUGGUGUUCAGUGAUCAUACUGUAAUGUACUGUGAAAUCAAAGGUCUUUAAACUUAUCACUUGUUUUAAAUCAUCGAACUUAGAAUUUUAUAUACCAUUUUUUGCAAUCAAAACUCUUAUGGUACUGACUUGAUACCUUUCAAGGUUUAUCACUACCUUUGAUAGUUCAAACAAAAUAGUGCAGUGAAGUGAUCAAUCAUUAGAUCCUAUCCAGUCAAUGUCAUCCAAUUUAUUAAUAAUAUGCUAUACAUAGAUAUUCAAGUUACAAUAUGACGUGUAUUAGAAUUACCUUUUUACUAAAAAUUACAUAAGUAACUUUCAUAGCAUAUAAAUCUGUUAUAAAAAUAGGUUUAACUGCAAAUGUACAAUCAAGAACAAAGGAAGAAAGCUCCAACUCUAUAAAUUGCCUAGCUAAAUGUAAUUCAAUGGUUUAUAAUAAAUUCACAAAAUGCAAAAUGAAAGUAAUCUUUACCGUUUAGCACUCACAAGCACUUUGAUUUUACUAUGCCGUUGAUCAGAUUUAUGGAGAAGAACCCAAGGGGAUAUUAUAUGAUUAAACAUCAAUGAUUUCUUGAAAAUUUAGGAACUAACAUAAUGCUUUAACCUGUGUAAUAUGGUAUAAUCAUGAUAAUGAUUGAAGAUCAUUGUUUUCCCUCAUAAUAUUGAUUAAAACAAUUACUGACUUUUGUUUUGAUAAAUAUAUGGUUUAAUUGACUUUUGAAAAAACUGAUAUUCACCUCGACUGUCUGCCUCUGUGAAUAUCUGUUUUUCAAAAUUCAAUAAAACCACAUAUUUACCGCAUCAAAAGACAGUAAUUGUAUAACGUUAGGAAAAUAACCAAUGUAUUAUACAAAAAUAGCCAUUAUCAUGCAUUUAUUUGAAUAGAUGUAUGUCACAUGGUGUGUUCACAGUUGGAAAUUUGGGAAAAUAUUAAAUUUAUUACAG